AUGUUCUGGGCAGCUUCCUUAUCAACUGUAGAGAGUGAAUUUCUGAGGAAAAUGGAUGAUAUAAAAGAGGCUAAUCCAAAUGCUUAUGAACAUUUGAUUGCAAGACAUCCUCUCACAUGGUGCAGGGCAUUUUUUAGGACUGAUGUAGCAUGUGAGGCAGUUGAAAAUGGCAUAGCAGAGUGCUUCAACGCCAUCAUAUUGGAUGCUAGAAAGAAACCCCUUCUAGCAAUGUUUGAAGAAAUUAGGUUGUACAUGAUGGAUAGGUUCGACCAUAUGUUACAAAAGGCAGAAAAGUGGGAAUCAGUGGUUUGUCCAGCUGCUAUCAAGAAAAUGAACAAGUUUGGAGAGGAUUUGAGAGUGUGCAGCUGUAAGCUUUGGGAUAUCUCAGGAAUUCCAUGUGUACAUGCACAGUGUGCAAUACUAUUCACUGGACAAGAUCCUGUUCAUUUCAUAAGUGAGUGGUUUAAUGUGGACAGGUUCAAGGCCAUAUAUGCAAACAAUAUACUGCCUGUGAAUGGUAGAAAUUUAUGGCCUAGAACAUCAUACAUAAAGCCUCUACCCCCUUUAGCUAGAAGAAUGCCAGGGAGACCAACUCUGAAAAGAAAGAGGCAUGUCACUGAAUCUCAAGAUAAAUACUCCCAAAACAAGAUGAAGGUUACUGUAAUAGGAAGGACAGUCCAAUGCAAAAAUUGUCUUCAAAGGGGUCAUAACAAGGCAUCCUGUAAGAAUACCAAGGUCACACCAGAACCCAAACCCAAGAAAAAAAUGGGUAGACCAAGAUUGGAUCCUGAUAUCAGUCAUUGGACUAGAGGUGGUGUAAGAUGUGGUGUCAGAGGUAGUAGAGGUGGUGCAAUGGAUAGUAGAGGUGUUAGAGGGGGUAAUAGAGGUGGUGCAGUGGGUAACAUAGGUGGUGUAGUGGCUAACAGAGGUGGUAAGUGUAGUAAGAGAGGUGGUAGGGGUAGUAACAGAGGUGGUAGGGGCAGUAAGACAUCUGUUAGAGUUGAAGGUAGUGGAGGUGCUAAAGUUGAAGGUGAUACAGUUGAAAAUGAGGAUGACACUAUUCCUGAAAAAUAUUUAGUCCAUUUAUGGAAGUCAGUGCAAGAUUUAAAACAAUCAGGGUAUUCAAUUGAAGAAAUUAAAAAUUCACUUAGUCUGACAGAUUCACGUAUGAAGCAACUUAAUGAUUACAAUGAAAAUAUUGAACAAGUUCUUCCUAUGUCUAUGGAAGAGGAGUAUCCACCUCAGACUGAGACACAAGAUGGGGGUGAAGAAAUUAUCCCUGAGAGACAACCAGAAAGUGAAGAAGAAGAAGGCAUUAAUGACACCCAGGAAUUACUAGUACACCUUAGGAUUGUGAAAAGAAGAAGGCCCUCUCAGAGGAUUGUUAAAAACAAGCUGAAGAAGAUGGGAUGUGUUGGGACUUCUGCAAGUUCAGCAUUAGAGUUGGAUUAGGGUGUUAGGGUGUUAAGGGUAGUAAGGGUAUUUUGGUACAUCUUUUGUGAAUGCUAUUUUUGUGAAUCUUUUGUGAAUGCUACUUUUGUACAUCUUUUGUGAAUGCCCUUAAAUUACUGAUAGCCAUAAUUUGUACAUCUUUUGUAAACACAUUGAAAUAUUGUGAAUGCCCUUAACAUGGUUGGUAAU